AUGUCUGCGCGACGCGGCCGCGGCGAUGCCGCCGGCGACGAGGAGGCUGGUGUCGAGCUCAAGCUGGGCGAGUUCCAGAACGUCACCACCCUGACCCUCUCCGAGGCGCGUCUGAUUAUCGACGCCAUCGUCGAGCACCGCAAGAAGCACAAGAUUGCCCUCAACGAGACCGAGACCCUCACCAAGAUGCGCGCCUACCUCGACGUCUUCUCGCGCUUCAAGGACCGCGAGGACUGCGACUCCAUCGACAACCUGCUGCGCACCCGCAACGACCUGGCCGGCUUCGAGCGCUCGCAGCUCGGCACUCUUUGUUGCGAGACGGCCGACGAGGCCAAGACCCUCAUCCCUUCGCUUCAGGACAAGAUCUCCGACGCGGACCUCCAGCAGCUGCUCACCGAAAUUAGCCGCCUGCGCCAUUUCUCCGAGUAA